GGUGUGGUUAAAGUUCAUUGUGGGCGUGGUUUAUAAUAAAAUGGAGUCUCUUGGUGGUGAAAGAGGAGCUGGUAUUCAUCAGUAUUACGUGACAAAGAUAGAAGGGCUACAACUUAAUCUAUCAGAGAAAUCACAGAACUUGAGAAGAUUAGAAGCACAGAGGAAUGAGCUGAAUGCUAAAGUUCGUUUGUUACGUGAAGAGUUGCAGCUACUACAAGAGCAAGGGUCACAUGUAGGAGAGGUUAUUAAAGCAAUGGAUAAGAAGAAAGUUCUCGUUAAGGUUCAUCCAGAGGGAAAAUAUGUUGUUGAUUUAGACAAAGGGAUUGAAAUGAAUGAUGUACAGCCUAACUGCCGUGUUGCUUUGAAGAAUGAAAGCUACCGCUUACACAAGAUUCUGCCCACAAAAGUGGAUCCUCUUGUCAGUUUAAUGAUGGUAGAGAAAGUUCCUGAUUCCACUUAUGAUGUGAUUGGUGGACUUGACAAACAAAUAAAAGAAAUAAAGGAAGUUAUUGAAUUACCAGUGAAGCAUCCAGAGCUAUUUGACUCACUGGGGAUUGCUCAACCCAAAGGUGUCUUGUUGUAUGGUCCACCUGGUACUGGUAAGACACUAUUAGCUCGUGCCGUGGCUCACCACACAGAGUGCACUUUUAUUAGAGUAUCAGGAUCGGAACUAGUUCAGAAAUACAUUGGAGAGGGUUCAAGGAUGGUGAGAGAGUUAUUUGUUAUGGCACGAGAACAUGCACCUUCCAUUAUAUUUAUGGAUGAGAUUGACUCCAUUGGAUCAUCACGCAUUGGCUCUGGAUCAAACUCUGAUAGUGAAGUCCAGAGGACUAUGCUAGAGCUUUUAAACCAGUUAGACGGGUUUGAGCCAACGCAGAACAUAAAAGUGAUCAUGGCCACCAACAGGAUAGACAUAUUGGAUCCAGCUCUACUCCGUCCAGGGAGGAUUGAUAGGAAGAUUGAAUUUCCACCCCCAAAUGAAGAUGCUAGAUUGGAUAUCCUGCGGAUACAUUCUCGUAAAAUGAAUUUAACUCGUGGAAUUAACUUGCACAAAAUUGCCGAGUUGAUGCCUGGUGCAUCUGGAGCAGAAGCUAAGGGAGUGUGCACUGAGGCUGGCAUGUAUGCUCUGAGGGAGAGACGUGUUCAUGUAACACAGGAAGACUUUGAAAUGGCUGUGGCUAAGGUGAUGCAAAAAGAUUCGGAGAAGAAUAUGUCAAUAAAGAAAUUGUGGAAAUAGUUCUUGAGCUCAUGAACUAAACUAGUGUACCACUGCAGACUAUCAUCAAUGAUUGUUUAAUUAUUAACAAUGAUAAUAAAUUAAUUAUAAUAGCUAUUGAAAAACUAAUAAUAGUAUUAACAUUUUACUAAUAACAAUGUGUCCCUCUUGCUUGAUAUUUGGAUAUUUCCUUCAGCUCCAGCUGGGAGCUUAUUUAAAA